UGGAACCAACAUGACAAGGAUUCGCAUAGCCUGUACGUCGUUUGCUACUUGCAAACUCGAUUCUGCUGAUGCCGAACCCGGCGGCCGCGACGACUUUCAGCCGUCGAACCAAGAAUGGCAAAGCAAGGACCCUAGCACUGGGGUUCCCCAGUUGGUGACACCCCCUUCGGGGAAUUCAUUUGUUGAUUGGCACCAUGGCCCUGCUUUCCCGUCGUGGACUGCUUCUGCUGGCUUGGUCCUUUUUUUUUUUCUCCUCUCCCACGCGCUAGGUCUGCCCGCUGCAUACACUUCAUGAUUUGGGCCACUUAUCUGCAAUAAGUCAUAGACUGAGACCAGCCAGAGAGACAGGGGUUUUGCUUGUCCUUCUAUUUGUAACCCCCAUGCCUCCCCGGUCUGUCGCGUGAGUUGCGUCGAGCCACAUAUAAGUAUAUCGCGCAUGCAUCCUCCCUUCCGUCACGUCUUUGCCCUAUUUAGUCCUUGACCUGUCCGCUACUUGACGUGUCGAGUUCCAAUCGGAGCCACAUCCUAGCACUUCCACAAGCCGAUACUAGGGGAGAAAAACGUCAUCCGAACCUCAGCAAUUGGCGUGCACAAGAUAGGCUCCUCCGGUCCAGCAGUCACAGAGCAUUCCGCUCGACCCUUCUGCUGAAGUACACCAUGUCGUACUCGUGGAUAGGGGCCCCGGCCGAAUUUAACGGCACCAAUGCCGAGACAGGUGGUAACUCCGCCACCGAAAAUCUGAACCAAUGGUACCAAUCCGGAGACCAGGCCUUCAUCCUGGUCUCCUCGUGUUUGGUCCUCAUCAUGAUACCCGGGAUCGCCUUCCUCUACUCGGGUUUGGCCAGGAGGAAGUCUGCUCUGUCUUUGAUAUGGGUGGUCAUGAUGUCCUUUAGCGUGGUCAUUUUCCAGUGGUACUUUUGGGGUUAUUCCCUGGCCUUCAGCACCUCGACGACAAACGGUUUCAUCGGCGACCUCAGCAAAUUCGGCCUCAUGAACACCCUCGGAAAGCCCUCGCAAGGGUCGCCGCUUAUCCCCGAGCUACUCUACUCGUUCUACCAGAUGCAGUUCUGCGGUGUCACCGCAGCCCUGGUGAUCGGAGCCACGGCUGAGCGCGGUCGUGUCGUCCCCGCCAUGGUCUUCACUUUCUUUUGGGCCACCAUUGUCUACUGCCCUCUGGCCCAUUGGGUUUGGAAUGCCAAUGGCUGGGCCUUCAAGUACGGCGUGCUCGACUACGCCGGUGGUGGCCCCGUCGAGAUCGGUUCCGGAAUGUCUGCGCUGGCCUACUCGUGGGUCCUCGGACGCCGCAAUGAGAAGAUGAUGCUGAACUUCCGCCCGCACAACAUCUCGCUCAUCACUCUCGGAACUAUCCUCCUUUGGUUCGGCUGGUUGGGAUUCAACGGCGGCUCCGCAUUUGGAGCUAACCUUCGCGCCGCUAUGGCCUGCUGGAACACUUGUUUGACCGCCAUGUUUGCAGCCAUGACCUGGACCCUUCUCGACUUCCGUCUGGCCAAGAAAUGGUCACUUGUCGGUUGGUGUUCGGGAACCAUUUCGGGACUCGUUGCAGCGACACCAGCUUCCGGCUUCAUUCCUCCGUGGGCUAGUAUUGUGCUGGGUGUUGUGACUGGUGUCUGCUGCAACUUUGGCACAAAGGUCAAAUUCCUCCUCCGCAUCGACGACUCCCUCGACGUGUUCGCCGAGCAUUACAUCGGUGGCGUUGUCGGCCUCUUCUUCAACGGCUUCUUCGCGGCCGACUACAUCAUUGGUCUCGACGGUGUCAACACCGGCCUCGUCACGGGUGGUUUCCUGAACCAGAACUACAAGCAGCUCUACAUCCAGAUUGCAUUCAUCGUCGCCGCCUCGGCCUACUCGUUUGUCGUCUCUGCGAUCCUGGCCAAGAUCAUCGACAUGAUUCCUGGUCUCAAGCUCCGUGCCGACGAGAAGGCCGAACUGCUCGGCAUGGAUGACGAUCAGCACGGAGAGUUCGCCUACGACUACGUCGAGGUCCGCCGGGACUACCUUGCCUGGACUCCUGCGGAGAGGGACCCCAAGGAGGAUGGACAUGCCGUCGUGCCACAACUGGGGAUCGAGGGGCACCAGACCAUUCACGACAACAUCAUCAAUGGUGUUGGGAGUGUGAGGCACACACCGGCAGUUCCCAACGAUGCUCAUGCACAGCACGACUCGGAAAAGCCCAAGUCAGUUGACCGUUCCUCUGAAUAAAUUGAGGCGCCAGUCAUGUUUCUUACUUCUUGUCUUUAUUCACAGAUAAACCACUGUCGAUGUUUUCUUAUUUGUCGAAGGGAUAGAUAUUUCUCUUUUUAAAAACUGGAUCGUACUGAUUCGGUCGUCGUCGUCAUCGCCAUGACUGAAUGGCGCUGUAUUCUUGAUAUUCCUUGGGGGACAGUGAUCCAGACGAGCUUUGGCAAUUAAUGACUAUUGCCGAGCCAACACAAACCCUCAAGUCCAAGCUGGUCUAUGUGAGCAUUAUUCGGCGAUUAGCGCUCAAUUUUCCCUUCUUGUUAGUGUAAUAAUACCCAAAUGAGCGAUUCGCACCGCCCAACGGUUUAACUCUUGUAGGAAUUGCACGCAGGCAGGUCCUUGAAUUGGAUGAACAAAAAGGAGUCCAGUUCAGUCGAGCU